AUGCGCAGCUAUGGUAUUUGCUGUCUUCUUUCUCUCGUUUCCUAUUUUUACUCUCCAGAUCCACACCCCUUCCAGGAAUCCGAGUCCGAAAUUAUUUUCCCGGAGGUUUUUCCAGAUACAGGUCCACCGGCUCCUGAUAAACCAAAUAGCCGAGAAACUGACGCCAGCGCCGGAGCUCCCGAUAAACCAACUAGCCGAGAGACUGACGCCAGCGCCGGGAGCAGCUCUCGGGAGGUUCGUUCCAUUUCAAACUGGGAAGAGUACGAAUCUCCAGAGCUAUACCAUUGGGAACCUCAAGGACCGCAAACGGCUGCUUCCACAGGGCUGAGACUCAGAAUUCCUGCUUUUGGCAGGGACCUGCACCUCAUUCUGAAGAGAGACACUCGAUUUCUGUCCCAGAAAUUCAUGGUGGAGAGGAGACAGAAAGCACAAAAGGCAUCUCGGAGCAGUAUGCCAGUUUCGUCAGCUGCCAACACAGAAGAGAGAGGAUGCUAUUACAGCGGAACUGUUCUCAAUUACGCAGGAUCCAUUGCCUCAUUCAGCACCUGCGCAGGACUGUGUGACAGUUUAAUAGGGAUGUUGAAGGUUCUCUACCCAGUGUGA